UAAACAAAGUCACAGAUGCCCCAAAAUUAAAACUGUACCAAGAAAAUACUACAGGAAAGAAUGCAGAGCUCGUUAUAAAAUGAGUCCCAUCGCCAUUGUUUUGAUCGUAGUUGUCUGUGUGGUUAUUGCUAUCCUGUUUUGUGCAUUAUUUUGUAAGAAACAUAAUGAGAGCGACUUCCGUCAUUGGACAGAAUGGUAUUGCUGUAACUGCUUCGCAAAAUGUUACGACAAAGAGGAUUAUUGUUGUGAUCGUUUGUUUGGAAAAAGAAAAGAGAUGUCAUCUGCGUCCUCUGUGACAGAUGGAAUAAUGGAUGAAUCCAUGUUUACUGAAAUGGGAGGUGAAACGGAGAUACGUGCAUUAACAAAGAACGAAUCAUCACCAGCACUACAUACGGUGCAUUUCGAAAUUCCCGAAUCAGAUAGUCAGUUUUCAUUUGAAGAUGGUUCAGCACCGAGGGUGAAUUUAACGUCUAACAUUAAUACAAGUUCCAGUUCCGAUAUAGAAGCAUUAAAUCGUGAAGAUUCAGGGCUUGAAAUAACUAUUGAAAACACGAAUCAAGAGACUGAAAGCCUACCUCUCAAUGAAGUAGAAUCAGAAACUUCGGUGCUUAAGAUAGAGCCGCCAGCAUUAAAUUCAGAAAGUCAAACAUGUAAUCAUAACGAGACGAUACCUUGA